AUGGUCAACGAAAAGAGUGAGAAGGAUGCCGUUGCCCUCUCUGUUCCGAGCAAGGGCGGCGAACCCCCCGAGGUGAAGAAGGACAGCAAGAAAAAGAGCGUCAAGGAAAAGGAGGAGGAGCUGUCCGAAGAAGACCGCCAGAAGAAGGAGGAGCUCGAACUUCUCGUCCAGAGGGCACAGGUGCAGUGCUUCAGAGAGCCACUAGCAAUGCGUGGCUCAUAUCCGAUCCAAUGGUGCCGAGCCGUUACUGGCAUUCCAGCUUGUGGCAUCAAUGCAGCGGUGUCUGCAUUGGGUGAACAUCCAAGAGAGUGCUUCCGCCAGAUGGAAUCUUUUUCAGAAGCUGGGCGCAGCUGCGACGAUGGCAGGCACUACAUGCAUUUUGACUUGGGUGGCAGUGAACCGUUAGCAUUUGUUGCCCUCCGCGGUUCCAAGGUCCUGGAUGUCGACGAAGCUCGUGAGGACCUGAAGCUGACGACCUACAAUGUCUUGUCACCUCGCCUGGCAUCGCCACAACAGUACCCCUCCUAUGCACGCGAGGACUUAGCGAAAGAUUCUCGGUGGCCGAAAAUUCUAAGCCGGAUGCAGAAGGCCGUCGACGACGACAGGAUCAUUGCAUUGCAGGAGGUCGACCUGGAAUGGGCAGGGAACCUGCACGCUUUCUUUGCAGAGCGCGGAUAUGCGGUGGUGUUUGCUCAGUAUGGCAAGCAAAUGAAUGGUUACAUGGGCGUGAUGAUGGCGUGGCCUACAAAAGUUUUCCAGGUCUUGGACGUGGAGCUCUGCAAGCUAACUGACACAGCUCCGAAGCGAGUGUGGCCAAGAUCCGAAGCUGGUCCUCUUGCUCGUUUCGGAUACCUCACCUACCAGGGCUUGACGGACAUAUUGGGAUGCAGACCUCCAGAAUUCGAAACAGAGGGAGGGGAGUGGAAGCUCGCACAGGGUCGCAUGAACGAGGCUAUCCUGGUCAGGCUAAGACCCAGAGCGACAUCUUGUGAUUUCUGCGUUGCCACGUAUCACAUGCCGUGUUUGUUUGGCACGACGGAGAAGGUUCGAGCGGUGAACAUCCACAGCCAGCUUCUGCUGAACAGGCUGAAGCGGUUUGCAGCCGCUGAUGUCAAGAAAGGUUUCCAAGAGGCACCAGUUGCAUUGAUGGGCGACUUCAACAUCAAGCCAGGCACAUCUUCCUAUCAUUUGAUCGAGAGUGGCGGCUCCAUAGCUACCGUCUCGAAGCAGGGCAGCAAGCAUGAAGUUCAUGGACUCGAACAACUGCCCAUUGCCGAGUUCCCCGAUGGCCUCAGAAGUGCCUACAAGGACUUUCAUGGACAAGAGCCAAUGUUUACAAAUUAUGCGAUGUCCGCAAUGAGCAAGGAGGCUUUCGUUGAUACCCUUGAUUACAUUUGGUUCAGUCCCGGGCGCCUCAAAGUGGUUGCGUGCCAGCAGCUGCCAAAGGAGAAAGAGAACGUCAACGGGCCGAUGCGGGCCUCACCGGAUCAACCCAGAUGUGAAGAGCCGAUUGUGUGCGGGAAGCCUUGGCCGCCUUGGCUCCUGAUGUUAUCAGAGCUCUCUAUCACACCUGGCAUCGUCUUGCCGCUGUGCCUACAGCCCGACUCCGACCAGGGAGUGGCCAAAAUGGCCAUGGAGGCGAUGGUGAAGGAGCUCAAGGAGUCCACAAGCUCGAUGACAUCUGUUCCGAAGCCGUUGAAGUUCCUGCGACCUCACUACUCCACCCUGACGGAGCACUAUGCCAAGAUGCCUGCGAACGACUUGAAGCGAUUCUUCGCUGACGUCCUGUCCAUCCUAUCAACCACUAUGCAAAAGGAAGGGUCCAGACAGGCUUUGAAAUACCGGCUGGAGGGAACGAAGGAAGGCCUCACCAGUUGGGGUCAUGAAUACAUACGAAACAUUGCCGGUGAGAUCGGGGAGGAGUUCAAGGAGCGCACCGACAAAGGCACUGACGUGGGCGACCUUUUAGCACUCGUUGAGGAAAUCGUGCCCUUCAACAUGAAGCACAAUGCAGAAGUGGAUGCUGUUGAUCUUCUUUGCGAAGUUGACCAAGUGCAGACGAUCGAAAAGCUUUGCGAAGAGCCGUCCUUUAUCAGAGUGUGCCUGUACCUACAGGGCCUUGCCAACUUUGCGGCAACUCAGGCCGACAAGGUAAUGUACUUGAAUGUCUGCAUGAACCUCUACUUGAAGUACAAGGAGUACGUGGGGGCGCUUCGAAUCGCCUUGAAGCUCAACGACGCGAAAGCUGUCGCUGCUGUUUUCGGUGCUUGCGAAGACCGACUUGUCCAGAAGCAAAUGGCCUUCAUGAUAUCACGGCGAAAGUUCGAUCAUGACUUUGGGGAGGAUGAUGAGCUGAAAGAGAUUGCCUCCGGCGAGAGCCUCUCGAAGCACUUCAUCUCCUUAGCCAAGGAGCUUGAUGUUCUGGAGCCCAAGCUGCCCGAACAAAUCUACAAGUCGCACCUGGAGGAGAAGCGGUCCACUGCUGUAUUGGAUUCUGCAAAGCAGAACUUGGCCUCCUCCUUCGUGAACGCUUUCGUGAAUGCUGGCUUCUGCAAGGACGAGCUAAUGACGAUUGCGGACUCGAAGUGGGUGUACAAGAACAAGGAUCAGGGCAUGAUGAGCACUGUGGGCUCCUUGGGAGCGCUGCUCUUGUGGGGUAUCGACGAGGGCCUCACGCAGAUCGACAAGUACCAGUGGAGUUCAGAUGUGAACCUGAAGGCUGGCGCGCUGCUGGCUUUCGGCCUGGUCACUUGUGGUGUCAAGAACGAAUGUGAUCCGGCAUGGGCACUUCUGGGUGAGCAGCUGGAGGCUGAGGAUGGACAGCUGCGAUUAGCGGCAGUCGUUGGCCUGGGGUACGCAUACGCAGGAAGCUGCCGAGAGGACCUUCUGGAGAAUCUCACUCCCAUGAUCGUUGAUACUGCCUGCAGCAUCGAGUGUUCAGCUAUGGCAGCAGUCAGCUUGGGCCUGGCUUUCGUGUCAUCCUGCAAUGACGAGGUGGCCCAGGCAAUUCUGCAAACUCUCAUCGAGAGACAAGCCGUGGAAAACGCCUUGAGUGGUACCUGGCCACACUUUUUUGCAGUUGGCCUAGGUCUGCUGUACUUGGGGCAGCAGGAUGCUGCAGAAGCUACUUUGUCAGCCCUGGAUGCAAUCACACAUCCAGUGGGGAAGUAUGCGAAGCUGACCGUGGAAGGCUUCGCUUUUGCUUAUUCUGGUGACGUAUUGCACGUGCAGAAAAUGCUGCAAGCAUGCACCGAUCACCUUGAAGAAGCGGAAGCCUUUCACCAGGCAACUGCGGUGCUUGGAAUAGCUCUGAUUGCUUUCGGCGAAGAGAUCGGUGCCGAAAUGGCAUGCAGAUCGAUUGAUCACAUUCUUCAAUAUGGGGAGCUGACGCUCAGGCGAGCCGUCCCCAUCGCCUUGGCGAUCCUGCAUCUGUCCAAUCCGAAGGUGCUCGUGAUUGACACGCUUGCGAAGCUGUCACACGAUGCAGACCAGGAUGUGGCGACAGGUGCCAUCAUGAGUAUGGGUCUGAUAGGUGCCGGGACGAACAAUGCGCGUCUAGCAGGCCUGCUCAGGCAGCUGGCGGCAUACUAUGCGAAAGACCCCAAUGCGCUCUUCAUGGUCAGAAUUGCUCAGGGUCUUCUGUACAUGGGCAAGGGUCUCCUCACCAUCAAUCCUCUCUUUAGCGAUCGUUACUUGGUGGAUCCAAUUGCCUUUGGCUCCCUUGCAGUGUUGGCACAUUCUGUGCUGCACCUCAAGAACACAAUUCUGGGCAAAAGCCACUACUUGCUGUACAACGUGGUCCCAGCGAUGCGACCAAGAUGGUUGAUUACGGUGGACGAGGACAUGAACGAGCUGAAGGUGGCUGUCCGAGUAGGUCAGGCUGUGGACGUCACUGGCAUGGCUGGCCGUCCAAAGCAGAUUACGGGCUUCCAGACAAGAACUACCCCAGUGCUUCUGAACUUUCAGGACAGAGCGGAGCUGGCGACAGAAGAGUACCUGCCGGUGACACCUGGAACCAUCUUAGAGGAUUUUGUCAUCCUGAAGAAGAAUCCGAAUUACAAGCCUGCUACCGGUGCUGCGUAG